UUGAAAACUGUUGCUAAGGAUGGCAAUCCACCUCAGAUAGAUCAAAAAGCCUUAGUUACAACACCAUCUGUUGUAACUCAUUCCAAUCAACCAGGAGAAACGCAAUCUGGAAAUGUUGCUGUACCAGUUGAUACCAAAUGGAAGCCUUUAAAGGGCAUGACUCCAGUACAGACAGUCAGUGCAGGUCCUCUAGUUAUGAAAGUUAACAAGGCACAGCAAGCUGAGGGCAAGACUCAAGGUCUCAAGAUUGAGAUCAAGAGCAAAAGCCGGGUCCGGCCGGGGUCCCUUUUUGACGAAGUGCGGAAAACUGCUCGAUUAAACCAGCGGCCCAGAAAUCAAGACAGUUCCAGUGAAGAAGACCCUCCUUCUGCAACGGGAGAGCAACCUGCAUCACACAAACACUCUCGGAGCAAGUCUCGUUCUGUGUCCAGUCCCAGGUCUCGACGUAGAGGCAGGUCUCAUUCAUACACCUUCUCCAGGAGUAGGUCCAGAAGCUCCAGCUAUUCUUCCAGGAGCUACAGUAGAAGUAGAAGCAGAAGAAGAUACAGUAGAGAGCGUUCUCGUUCUCGGAGUAGUAGCUACCAUAGCUAUCGCAGUCAUACAUACAGUAGAAGUCGUUCCAGAAGUUGGUCCAGGGGUCGCCGAAGGUCAAGAUCCUACACUUAUGACAGCUAUUCCAGCCGCAGUCGCAGUCAUAGUAGAAGGCGGCGACACAGACGAAGUGGAAGUUCGGACCACAGGUCCAGGUCUUCUCACUCCUAUAGUCGCAGUUCUUCAAGGCGUGGAAGUCGAAGCAGUCGAUACAGCUGAGAAGAGUUUUGGGAAAUAUAUUUUCAGAUGAAUCUUGUUUCUGUUCAGCAGUUGAAGCUAUACCAGAGCCUCCUUUAUCUCUUUUUUUGCAAUUUUGAAACCAGGUAUUUUUAUUCUUUUUGACUUGUAAAUAUUUACAGUGUGAGUAUGUCAUUAUAUACUGUUGAAUUCUAACAACUGUUAUGUUUUUUAACAAAAUAUUUUUUAUUUUUCAAACAACAUAGGACAUAUAUGAAUGUAUAAAAAGUAUUUUAUGCAGCCCUUCUGCUUUGAAUUCACACUUGUGACUUACAUUAUACUAAACAUCAAAUUCAGGAUGGAUGGAUCCUUUACACUAGAAGAUUCUUCUAUCAGAAAACCACUGAAAUAUUACUAUUCAAAGAGAAUUUUGUUUUAGAGCAAUAGGAUGAGAUGUGCUUGGAAUAUUUGGGCUCCAUUGUCUAUUCUCUUUUCCUGAGUGUGAAAUCUGCCAUCUUUUCCAUCCUGUUGUAAGGGAGAACAGGAUAGCUUCUGUCAAUAAGUAAGAUAAGCCACUUUCAUUUCUUUAAAGAAGUGUAGAUAGAAUUUUAAAUUGACCGUCAAGAUUAGUUUACAACAUUUAGGUGAAUUAUGUUUUUUUUUCUUGUUAUAACAUCUUCAAAACUGUAAUUUCUUUUUUAUAUGAAAAUACUUUUUGGCAUGAUAAAUAAUAAAGACAAAAAUUCUAAAACGGGUUCAGCUUAUUCUGCUCUUCCCUGAUACGAAUGGUUCUUGUACUGCUUAUUGAUACAGAAUUACAAGCUUAAGGUAAUAAAAGUUGCCAGAUCA